UGAAUGACAGCCACCGUGCUGGUUCUGUCAGUCAGCUGGGUAGGUGGGGUCACAAAGCGCCAAGAUGGCUGACUUUGAGGAGCCGCUGUCAGACGAAGAGAAGGUUCGCAUAGCAGCCAAUUUUGUAACUCAUGCCCCUCCGGGAGAGUUCAAUGAGGUUUUUAAUGAUGUGCGGCUUCUUCUUAACAAUGACAACCUCCUUAGGGAGGGUGCUUCACACUCCUUUGCCCAGUACAACAUGGAUCAGUUUACUCCUGCCAAACUAGAGGGCUACGAUGAGCCGGUCCUGAUCACAGAGCAUGGUGACUUGGGUCAGGGGCGUUUCCUGGACCCCCGCAACCAUUUAUCGUUCCGCUUUGACCACCUAAGAAAAGAGGUGAGCGAUGUGCAGCAAUAUGAGGGAGAGACGGCCUUGAGAAGCUGGCGAGAUGCCUGUGAUGCAGCCCUUAGUGCCUACGUCAAAGAGCACUACCCCACUGGAGUAUGCACAGUAUAUGGGAAAACAGUUGAUGGUCAGCAAACUAUCAUAGCCUGCAUUGAGGGACAUCAGUUUCAACCCAAAAACUUCUGGAAUGGUCGCUGUAGAUCAGAGUGGAAGCUCACCAUUGGCCAGUCCACUGCUCAGGUGGUAGGAGUGUUGAAAAUUCAGGUGCACUAUUAUGAAGAUGGGAAUGUGCAGCUGGUUAGUCAUAAGGAGGUAGAAGAAUCAAUACCAGUGACUAAUGAAAACCAGACAGCCAAGGAAUUUGUUGAUAUCAUUGAGAAUGCAGAAAAUGACUACCAGACUGCAAUCAGUGAGAACUACCAGACCAUGUCUGACACCACCUUUAAGGCCCUGCGUCGCCAGUUGCCUGUCACACGCACCAAGAUCGACUGGAAUAAGAUUCUAAGUUACAAAAUUGGCAAGGAGAUGCAGAAUGCCUAGUGGAAGGUCAGGGACUGACCAGAGAGACACAAGGACUAACCAAAGCAAAACUAUAACAGUAUGGGGCAAGGAAAAAAAUGAAAAAAAAAAUAAAUAAAAGUGAUUGCAGAUUGACUGAGGACUUACAGGCUGUUAAGCACAAAUAUCAGUCUGCUGUAUGAAAGUUGCAGUUAUGGAGAUAAUCAUGGUUUGGAGAAACUGGUUACUUCUGCGUGUAUGUCAUGAAAGAGUUGUGUUGGGUCACCGUGCAGGGCUGUGCUCAGGACUGCUACAGUAAAGAAGUAAAUCUUUCUUCAGUCAACUAUGGACUUUUCUAGAUUCAGGUUUCAGAAGUUACAGUAUCUUGUUUUCUUCGUCAGACUGAUGCAGAACUGUGAUGGAGAUGUCAAGAACCAGGACUGCCGGGAAGCUGAAGUGAAGCACACUAUCACAUAUCAGUUUUUUUUCUUCUUUGUGGUUGUCAUGUAUGGUGAACUUGGAAGUCAGGUGCAUCAGCAAGAUCACACCCUUCACAGGAAAAUGAAUAGCACUCAGCUGACAUUUUAAUGGCACCAAAUGCACAGUAUUGCUAACUGACAUGGCCCUUAGUCAGACAUUGCUAAUGAAACUGACAAUAUUUCUACCUGUUGUUAACAUGUAGCAUGAUCCUCAGCACAGCUCUUUUCCUGCACUGCACACCUGUAUGUUUGUCUGUGUCUGUCAGGGCUGAGAGAAGGUCUGUUUGUUCUCUGCUGUGUUCCACGGAUUUGACUUCACCCAUGUACGCUACAGUGACUGAAAUAAAAUGAAACAAGUACUACGCUGCUACAUCCAUAAUGUAUUCUGUGUUCUCUAACUUUGGCAUCACCACCUUCAUUGCUGUACAGCGUUUCCUUUGUGAAAGGAAAUACUCAUAUUAACCAAGAUUUACCAAAAUCUCUUUCCUAUGGUAAAGAACUCGAUCCUCCCACCCAUGUAUGCAAAUUUCAAUUUUGAUGUGCUGGUUUUUGUCGGAGUCUUAGAUUAUUGCAUUCUUGUCUGUAAUUUUAUGUAUUGGUCAAUGCCAAGCAAACGCAAAGCAGUUGCCAUGUAAGGCAAGAUCAUAUACUGUAGUUACGUGACUUCUGUAAGGCCACAUCAUAAUGUGUUACAUGACUUCUAAACAGGCUGAUUCUGGAUCAGUUACUUGUUAGACUAUGUGCUGUGUUCAGUUCUCACCCUAUACUACAACUAUGUGCCCAUCAUUUAUAAACUUCACGACUGUACUGCCCCAUUCUGUCGUACAAAUAAAUGGAUUGAAAUGGA